CAUUUUUAUUAGACACGGCAGCGUCAAUUAGUCCAAUUAAUCAAAUAAACUCGUGCACGCGCACGAGGGCGGAACCGGAAAUGAACGCGCAAAGUAGAAGAACGCUGAGGAGUUCAUCAGCGCGAGACGCGGCGGCAGCACACACAGGGCGCGCGCGACUCUUCUCGGAUCUCCAAAGAUUAAUAGCGUGCGACGUGCAUGUGCACGUGACUUUCAUUUUAUUUGCGCAUCCUCCCCCUUUCUUUUCUUUUCUUUUUCUUUCUUCAGUUCUUGGCUAAUUGUCCGACGCGCGCAUCAUGGACGAGCAGCAGCAGCAGGACCUCCGCUUUUCCAGGAGAUCUCCAGGACCCACGCGCGAACACGGUCUGAACAUGCAGAAGCGACAGGCGCGCGUGACGGUGAAGUACAACCGCGCGGAGCUGCAGCGGCGCCUCAACGCCGAGAAGUGGAUCGAGCGCGCGCUCAAGGGGCUGUACGCCGGCGCGGAGGAGGAUGAAAUGCCAGAAGAAAUUGACAUUGAUGACUUGCUGGUUCUGCAGAGUGAUGAAGAAAGAGCACAGAAACUCCAGGAGCUGCUGCAGACCUGCAAGAAUAACACACAGCCUUUCAUCAGCGAGCUUCUCCAGAUGCUGCACGGGCUUCACAAACAGGAAGAGCUUCAAAAAGAAGGCAUCGGCCAUCCCAGUCUCCACGGUUACCCCCAUCACCAUGGCAAUGUGCACCACCACCACCAUCACCACAGAGGCCAACAACAGCACCAUCAAGCGCGAACCCACCAGACCCUGUAGCCGUAUCCUGUAAUGCACCGCAGCAGCGAACUUCUCCAAACCUCCGGAGGCGUCUCUUAUUCACGGACACGACGUGAUCACUAACCUUUACGAUUCCACACAUGACGCUUUCUUCUCGUCACGCUCGCACCGAGUUCAGAAAAUUGAAACCUCGUAACGCGUCACUUUAUUCUUCAAAAUUUUCCUAACUGCACAAAACCCUUAUACCACUGAUACAGUAUUAAAGGAGUUUAUAUUCUUGUGAAGUAGAUCAAUGAAACACUGUGAGAUUUCAUUAUAUAGUGUUAUAAAUUUUCAUAAAAUGAAGUCGGUCAAAAAAAGCUAGCUUAUCUAUCCUAGCCUAUCGGGAAGUAUAUCAUAUGGAAUUUAAGUCUAAUAUAAUAAAGAGCCAAUAGAACAACUUGUAGCUCAUAUAAUGGACACCAGUUGAGACCAUUAGGAUUCCAUAAGGCUUCCAAACCCCAGGAUGUUUCUACACCAGUUUCUUUGGUUUGGUUGUGAUGCGUUGAUGUACAAAAACACACUACCGGUACAUAAAAAAAAAAAAAAACAUGAUUUUAACAGUUAACUGUGUGGUGUGUAAUGGUCUGGAAACCAUUAGGAUUUUUACAAUGAUUUCUGUUGUUUCCUUUUUUCCCCCAGCAGAAGUCCAAGUGCUGGUCAUCAUAACCUUCCUCAGUACAGUUUGGUCUUCAUUUACAGCUUAUAGGACGUCCUAGAACAUAGUCAUUUCCCCCCCCCAACAAACAGAAGAGAAUAGUUUUUUUUAUUACUUGUUGGAUCCAUUAACCUCGAAACCCCAGUAAAAAGUUGAACAGUGAGUUCGUCCCUUCAUUUAGAUUAAAUAAAACAUGGUGGGGAUUAGAUUUUUUUUUUAUUCAAUACCUUUUUAAAAUGACUUUUUCGAAAACAAUUGUAAAUAGCUCAAGAAACUCCUAAAACCAGAUCUGUGCUACACCGAGUUCUUAUUCCACUGAGGGACGUGCUACAAUAACGCUAAUAAUUCGAUGUGAUGUUAACCAAUAAGAUUUACUGAUGUUAACAAAUAUAAUAAAGAUGUGAAUAAACUGAAA